AAGCAGAUAUUAAUUUUGAUUUAAACUAGUUAGAAAAAUAUUAUAGUUGCGUCAUAAUGGGUUUAUCUUCAAGCGUUUUUACGCGGGAAGAAUUGGAAGAAUACGCGGAUCUGACGUAUUUUACGGAAGGAGAAAUUAUCGAUUUGCACAAGAAAUUCAUGUCUUUGGUCGAUGACGACUCGAAAGAUAAGAAAAGUUCCCGAAUCAGUAAAGAACGAAUGAUGGAACUGCCUGAGAUUAAGUUCAAUCCAUUUGCUGACAGGUUGUGCGACGUUUUCUCGACCAGUGAGGAAGAGGACAGUUCCAUGUCGUUUGAUGAUUUCCUAGACAUGAUGAAUGCGUUGUCAGAAAAUGCUUCGUUCAAAUUGAAGGCUCAGUACGCGUUCAGGGUAUUUGACAUCAAUGAGAACGGCUUUGUCGACCCCGAGGAUAUUGAAGAGAUUGUGAUGAGGCUGACGAAGGAUGAAGGGCUCGGAGAAAAAGAACUGAUGGACGAACUUAUUGAAUCGAUGAUGGUAGAAGCCGAUCUAGAUAAAGACGGUCAGUUAUCCUUGGCCGAGUUAGAACAUGUUUUGUCGAAAUCAGCGGACUUUAUGAACUCAUUCAAGAUACGGGUCUAAGGGAAUCCCGCUGUAAAUGUGGAAUCAAUGAAGCGACAACAACCGUUGCCAUGGAGAUACCACCCACCUCUGAUUUAGCUGCCUCAAUCACAAAUAGCAAUCUAUAAACUGAGUCACGUGAAGUUAUAUAUUCUCCCCGACAAAGGCCCGCAAUAAGCAGACACUGACACCUAGUGUACAUUUUGGGGAUCGGGAUCGCUUAUUAUGUUCCAUUUCUCCAGUAUUUAAAAUAUUUUUUAUUCUUGAAAUUUUAUAUAAAAUUCGUUCUUUGCACUUCUCUAGUAAAAUAAUCGUACAGAAUAUUCUGAAGAUUCUCAUAAAUAAAGACGGCAUAGUUAUGACGUCAUCCGCUUAUUUAUAUUUUGUUUUAUAUACUUUUUUUUCGAAUAAUCAAUGAUACAUUCACCAGUAACCCUGGCUUCCCCCGCACAGGGGGUGCAAAAAGGUAUUUAUAAAAUAAAUACAACCUAAAUAAUAAAAUUUAAUUGAACAUGCAAAGGUAUGACACGUCAAUAUAAAGAAAAAGUUCGGCUUAUUCAGCUGAAGAAAUAUAAUAAAUGAUUGGUAUACAUUGGAUCUUGAUAAACAUUGUUUUGAUUUCAACGAUUUGUUGACAUACUUCAAACGUGGUAAAAAAGCCAUUUUCCUGAUGGCAAAACAGUCGAUCUACUCGCUUUGUUAUGACAGAAUUGGACACGACUUAAUCGGAUCGGAAUAACUCAUUUAAAAAAGAAAAUUAUCAGCAAAGUCAUGCACUCGCUCAGAAAUAAAUGAGAACCAUCUCUAAACGAGGAAGAACGGACGAUCACAGAAAUCUUAAUAGCUACGUAUAUUCACUCGGAUAUUAAGAAGACUCAUCUAUGAGCGAGAUUAUUGGUGGCCACUGAAAUGCCAAGAGCUAUUGCUCACUUUGAAUUAUGGCGGGAAGUUAAGGAGACUCUGAGUGAGGAUAUUGAUGGGCUUCUGAAAUGCCAGGAGGUAUUUUGCUCGCAGUACAUUCCGAUUGGCGCGAGACUUGAAACAGAUCAAAGCAGAAUCGGCAAACGUGUCAAUCCCCAAUUAAUAGUGAAGAACAACUUGAGAUUGUAUUGCAUUUUUUGUUUUCCCGCAAACGCGCUUAUUACUCGUAUAUCUACAAUUCUGUUUUUUUUUUUCACGAUUUCAGCUACUUUUUAUUGCCCACUAGCGGUUUAUGCUUAGAAUUCUAUGAUUCCACGGCCAGUUGAGAUUUCAUCGCUGAUAAUGAGGAGUCGUAUUUCGCUCUGGAGCGGAAAUAAAUGUUUUUUCAGACAAA